AUGAUCUCUGCAGGCCCAGAAUUAUGGCUGGAGUUUGAGAUGAGGGAAGGACAGCCUUGCGUGCAGCCCACCUGCUGCUCUGUGAUGAGAGGGACAGGAGACACCAAGCUGGGCUGGCGGAAAAUCCUGGAGAGCUGUGUGACCUUCAAGGACGUGGCUGUGUACUUCUCCAAGAGGAGUGGGGACUUCUCAUCCGAGAGGUUCAGGGUGACGGCAGGGAGCCGAAGGGCCAUCCCAGCAACCUCAGAUAGCUUCCAGGACUAUGCCAGUGGCAGGACAUGGAAGCCACAGAGGAACGCUCAAGAUGGAGAGACCAAGGCCUUACAAAGUGGACAGAAACAUUUUGAGUGAAUUGAGUGUGGAAAAACUUUUAGCCGCAAAGACCCACUGGUUCAGCACCAAAGAGUCCACACUGGAGAAAGGCCUUCCAAGUGUGGUGACUGGGGAAAAACCUUCAGCCGCAAACCCAUUCUUGCUCAGCACUGGAGAAUCCACACUGGAGAAAUGCCAUAUUCGUGUGGUACUUGUGGGAAAGUGUUUAAGCACAGCUCGAACCUAGUUGUUCACAGAGUCCACACUGGUGCCAGGCCUUACAAGUGCAGAGAAUGUGGGAAAGCCUACAGCCACAAGUCCACACUGGCCCAGCACGAGAGUGUCCACAGUGGAGAGAGGCCCUACGAGUGCAGUGAGGUGGGACACAAGUACAGACUUAUUAAACACUGGAGCGUCCACACUGGGGCAAGGCCCUACGAGUGCAUUGCGUGUGGGAAGUUCUUCAGCCAAAGCUCUGACCUGGUUGCACACCAGAGAGAGCACAAUGGGGAGAAGCCCUUCGUGUGCGACGAGUGUGGAAAGGCCUUCAGCCACAAACACGUGCUCAUUCAGCAUCACAGAAUCCACACUGGAGAAAGGCCAUACUGGUGCAGCGAGUGUGGGAAGGCUUUCAGGCAGAGGGCAUCCCUCAUCCGACACUGGCAAGUUCACACUGGAGAAAGGCCUUCGCAAGCAGGAGUCUACCACCGCCUUGUUCAACACAAUUUCUAGUACCUGAGUCUCGAAAUGGGGCUAUUGUGAGUAGCUGAAGCUGGGCUUCAGUUACCUGGCAGAUCUGUGGUGGCAAUACUGGGGAAAGUCUUGCAAGCUUGUUUUGGUGGCUGGCCCGCAAACCUUGCUGAA